AUGGAGAAUCCUGGCCCUGGUUCCUCGGGGUUAAGCACAGACCCCAAUAUGUCUAGGCCCCAAGGCAAUACAAACGUUAAAUUGCUGUCAAAGAAGAAUAAUAAUGAAACACAAAAAAAUGUGAUGCCGAAGGAAAAGAAUGUUAUUAAAGAUUUGCCUUCAUCCAGCGGUGCAGUUAAGAAGCGUCCAGCGCCCCAGCCACCCUGCACAAACCCAUCAGCAAACAGUUCAUCUUACACUGCUGGUUGCAGUGGCUCACCUGCUGCAGCAUCUAUCAGUCCCUUUACUUCUACAUCAGCCUCUAAGUCUACAGUUGUUGCUUCAAAUGCAUUCUCUUCUCCAAGCCCUAGUCUAUUGUCUACAUCAACUACUAGUGUAACCUCAACUGGAACUAACAUUUCAACAACAGCUGCCUUCACUGGUUCACCGCAAAGAACCUCCGGAGGCUUUUCUACAGCCCUAAGUGGAGUCUCAAAUGCUACACCUUUUGGUGGUUCCCGAGCAGUACCAACAGAAAGGGACUUGGCCUACCAAAGUGCUUUGCGACGUAAAAUGGAAGAAGAGAAACGCCUGAAGGAAAUAAACGCUUACAACUUGUCCGUUGGAUUGCCUCCAGUUCUUACUCCUGCAGAAAAGAUAGACAGGCUUCGUAAAAUGGACGCUUUACACAACCGUGAAAUACCAGACCCGAAUCAGAAGAAACCUCUCCAAGGAUGGCCACGUCCAGUGCUAGAGAAUAUAGGUCACGUGCUUGGUUACUCACAAAUGAAAAAUAUAAAUGUGCCACAAGAUGUAGAAGUGGAAAACAGAAGAGAUGAUUUCAGAAAUCUCAAACCUAUGACACCGGAAGAGUUUAUUAACAGGUUUCAAGAGCUGCAGUUGCGGAAGAAUUCUAGAGAUGGUGGGGAGCCGAGUAGAGAGGAUAGGGGAGAUAGGUUCAGCGAAAUUAAGUCCUCUUUAAAGGAAUUGAGGAGAGGCUUAAAUGAGGUGACAGCCCCAUACAACGUAAAUUUGAACAGUAAUAAUAAUAUUAAUGACAACGAAAGAGGUAACGACAGAGUACAGCAGAGUGUACGAGAUGAAUUAGAAUCAUCAGCAAGCAUUAGUUCAGAUGAUGAUAGAGAUGAAGACGAAACGGAAAAUGAUGAAGCAGCUGGGGGAGUUGAGGAGUUGCAGAUUGUCCAGCUACCUUGUGAGUUUUGCGGAAUCCCUAUAAUCGCCGAGGACUUGGUGCAACAUCAGACUGGCUGCAGACCGGACUUGGCUCGAUUCCGUCCUGCUCGGCAGCCGUCACCUCCGCUUGAUAACGCGCACAUCCAACCCGUGAUACCCUGCGAGUUCUGCACAGAAUCCCUGCCUCUCAACCUCAUCAGCCAACAUCAGGAGCGCUGCGGCAGGGAAGCCAACUUAUUCUUCCCCGACUGA